UUCUAACCAUUAUCAAAACAUCUUCCUCAUUCAUCGAUCCGAAUAAACUCAAAUCGAAAAAUCGAAAAUGAGGACCAAAUCUCAAUCUUCUGUUAAUCUCAAAGUCAUAUUCAUAGGCUGUUCAAUCUUGAUCUUUCUUAUCAUCUUCUUUGCAAGAUCAAACAUCUCUUCUUCCUCAAAGCCAAUCUCCAAAACUAAUCUCUCCCAAGAAGAAGAAGAACAAACUCAUCACCAUAAACCAGAAGCAUGUCCAACAACAACACAACAAUGCACGAAGAUGCCACUUUCUUUAUCCGACGCAUUGGUUCAUUACGUGACCAGUAACGUUACUCCACAGCAAACGUUCGAUGAAGUCUCUGUCUCAAAAAGAGUCUUGGACAAGAAGUCUCCUUGUAACUUCCUUGUCUUUGGCUUAGGUCAUGACAGCUUAAUGUGGGCAUCUCUUAACCAUGGUGGUCGUACUUUGUUUAUUGAAGAAGACAAGGCUUGGAUUGCUAUAGUAACCAAGAAAUUCCCAAACUUGGAAUCUUACCACGUAGUUUACGACACAAAAGUCAAAGAUUCAGACAAACUCAUGGAGCUAGGACGAUCAGAAGAGUGUAGAUCCGUGUCUGAUCCAAGAAACUCGAAAUGUGAUCUUGCGUUGAAAGAUUUCCCGGCGGAUUUUUACGAUACGAAAUGGGAUCUGAUCAUGGUCGAUGCUCCAACUGGUUACCAUGAAGAAGCUCCGGGGAGGAUGAGUGCUAUUUACACGGCGGGGCUUUUGGCUCGUAACCGUGAAGAUGGUGAAACUGAUGUUUUUGUUCACGACGUUAACCGUCCGGUGGAAGAUGAGUUCUCGGCGACUUUCUUGUGUAAAGGUUACAUGAGGGAGCAAAAUGGGAGGCUGAGGCAUUUCACUAUUCCUAGCCAUCGGGCUCGAGCUGGACGACCUUUUUGUCCGGUGGACGUUGAUCGCCGCCUUUAAUUUUGCCGUCAUGGAGUUCACCGUCGUUGGUCGGUCAACGGACUCAGGGAAGACUUGCUUAGCUGGCAUUUUUUAAAAUAAUUUUUUUUGGGUUGUGUUUUUGCUUGAUUUGAUUAUGUUUUACAAGAUUUUAGUACAUUUACUUAAAUCGGUAUAUUCAAAUACUACUGUUCGCAUCA